UCCGGGGAGAGCGGAUAUAGUGAAUGCGGGGUCCGGGGAGAGCGGAUAUAGUGAAUGCGGGGUCCGGGGAGAGCGGAUAUAGUGAAUGCAGGGUCGGGGGAGAGCGGAUAUAGUGAAUGCAGAGUCCGGGAUGAGCGGAUAUAGUGAAUGCAGGGUCCGGGGAGAGCGGAUUUAGUGAAUGCAGGGUCCGGGGAGAGCGGAUUUAGUGAAUGCAUGGGUCGGGGGAGAGCGGAUCUAGUGCGGGAAUGCGGAUAUAGUGAAUGCAGGGUCCGUGGAGAGCAGACCCGGACACUGCGGAAAAAUGCAUCGGUGUCA